AUGUUACAACUAUUCUUCGUCAUUUUAUUAUUUUGCACUUUUGCAAUCUCAAAUUAUACUCCAAUCAAAACUACAUGUCCUUCCAAUCUUAUAAGAUCUUCAAAAUCACAAUUAAAUGAUAAAGAAGUUUCAUUUAUAAAUUCAAGAUCUAAAUCUCAUGUUUCUAACUUUUUAAAAAGAGCAAAAAUAUCAACUAAUUAUACUCCAAAUAUUGGUCUUAGUUUUAGUGGAGGUGGGUACCGAAGUUCAUUAGUUAGUGCAGGAAUUGUCGAAGCUUUAGAUGAAAGAAGUGACUCAAUUUUAUCUGGUCUUUUACAAAGCUCAAAUUAUAUAGCUGGAUUGAGUGGUGGUGCAUGGUUUUUGACAAGUUUUGUAAGUUAUCAAUAUGAAUCAAUAACUACAUUAAAAAAUAAAUGGCAUAUUAAAAGUCUUAUUGAUUAUUAUGGAGAUGAUAUUAUAGAGCAAGCAAAAUUAUGGAUAGAUGUAGAUAAAGAAAUACAAGGUAAAAAAGAUGCUGGUUUUACAAUUUCAAUUACAGAUUUAUAUGGAAGAUUAUUAAGUUAUGUAUUAUUACCUAAUAAUGGAUUAAAUAAUACUUGGUCAAAUGAAAAUAAUUUAAAUCCUGAAUUUCCAUUUCCAAUCUUAGUUGCCGAUGGAAGAGCACCAAAUAGUAUAAUUAUAAAUUCAAAUUCUACAGUCUUUGAAUUUACUCCAUUUGAAUUUGGAUCUUAUGAUAUUGGUAAAUUUAUAGAUAUUAAAUAUUUAGGUAGUGAAUCAGGUACUUGUUUUACAAAUUUUGAUAAUAAUGGAUUUUUAAUGGGCACUUCAAGUUCAUUAUUUAAUGAAGUAAUGUUAAAGAUUGGAACAUCUGAAUUACCAAGUUUUUUAAAAGAUUUAAUUAACAAUAUUUUAGUUAACCCAUUUGAAAAAUUAAAUAUUGAUGUGGCUACAUAUCCUAAUCCUUUUUAUAAAGAAGGGUCAGAUUCAAUAAGUUCAAGUUCUGAGUUAUACUUAGUUGAUGGCGGAGAGGAUGGUGAGAAUUUACCAAUUGAACCAUUAAUGAAAAGAAAUUUAGAUAUUUUAUUCACUUUUGAUAAUUCAAAUGAUUGGUUAAAUUGGCCAGAUGGAAGUUCAUUAAUUAAAACAUAUGAAAGACAAUUUACUCAUCCAGAGUAUUUAUUUCCAUACGUGCCUGAUACAAAUACAUUUAAAUAUUUUAAUCUUAGUUCAAAACCAACUUUUUUUGGAUGUGAUGCGAAAAAUUUAACAAGCUUAACAUCAGAUAUUUAUAGUGUUCCAUUAGUAGUUUAUUUUGGAAAUCGUCCAUUUUCAUAUUGGACAAAUACAUCAACUUAUAAAUUAAAAUAUACCGACUCUGAAAGAGAUGGUAUGAUUUUAAAUGGUUAUAAUAUUGCAACUCGAUUAAAUGGAACACUCGACAAAGAAUUUAAUACAUGUAUUGGAUGUGCAAUGAUUAGAAGAAAUCAAGAAAGAAAUGGAGAAAAACAAUCUGAUCAAUGCAAAAAAUGUUUUGAAAAAUAUUGUUGGAAUGGCGAAAUUUAUAAACAAGGUAAAAUUGGUGAAAAUUUUAAUAAUGAGGGGAUAAUUACUAAUACAAAUGAUUAUAACUCCGAAUCAAUACCUGGUUUUAAUUCAGGAGGUCCAGAUAUAUAG